GUAAAUGUCAAAACACAGCUGAUUUGUGAUUUUUGUGAAUAGGACUGCAGUGUUUUAAAAUUUCUUUAUCUACAAAGCACAUGAGCAAAAUAAUAAACAAGUGAUUUAAUUUUAAUAUUUUUCCAGCUUUUAAGCAACCGGACUUCUAAACAGUCAAGAUGGGUGAACGCAAAGGCCAGAACCUGUACUAUCCCCCUGACUACGACCCCAAAGUCGGGGGGUUGAACAAAUUCUUGGGGACCCAUGCACUCCGGGAGCGUGCUAGGAAGAUCCAUAUGGGGAUCUUGAUCAUACGCUUUGAAAUGCCAUACAACAUCUGGUGUGAGGGCUGCAAGAACCACAUCGGCAUGGGCGUGCGGUACAACGCUGAGAAGAAAAAGAUUGGCAUGUAUUACAGCACUCCGGUGUACCAGUUCAGGAUGAAGUGCCAUUUAUGUGACAAUCAUUUUGAGAUCAAAACUGACCCUGGAAACUUAGACUAUGUUAUUGUAUCCGGAGCAAGACGGCAAGAAAACAGAUGGGAUCCAACAGAGAAUGGGCAAAUAGUACCAGAAACCAAAGAGGCACAGAAAAAGCUGUUCGAUGAUGCCAUGUUCCGUUUAGAACAUAAGACCGGUGAUGAAGAUGUGGCCAAGCAAGACAAGCCGAGACUUGGCCGACUGGUUGGGAGGAAUGAAUCCGUCUGGAAAGAUGAUUAUGAAUCCAAUUGUAUGCUGAGAAAAAGUUUUAGGAAAAGAAGAAAAGAGCUUGAAGAGGCUUCAGUCAACGACAGCUUGCUGCUAGCAAAGUCUUCCCUCAAUAUUGACUUGCUACCGGAGUCCCAAGAUGACCGGAACAUGGCCUCCCUCCUGUCUCUCAGGCCUUCAAGAACAAUAGAAGAAAAACAGUCCCAGGUUAGAAAGAAAAUCUUAAAAACUCCUGUGUUGCCAAGUUCCAGUAAAGGCACUAAAGAUACUAAAAUAAUCUUAAGCAAAACUGCUACCAUAACAAGAUCCUCAUUAGGAAUUGCUUUAAAGAAACCUAGAACAGAAAAAGAUGAUGUAAAAGAAAAAACAGAAAAUAAGUCAUCAGAUAAUAAAAUAGUUCUAGAAAAAAAUGUAAAGGAAGACAUUAAAGAUGAGAAGAAAGUAAUAGACAAUAGUGAUUCUGUACCUGUUGAAGAAAAGGAAGAUGUUAAAGAUAAUUGUUUAGCUGAUACCUCUAAGAAUAGUAACAGUUUGUCUUUGCUAGGUGCCUAUGGAUCCAGUGAUGAUAACUCUGAUACAGCCCAAAGUGAUUGACACCUAUAAAGUAUUUUGUGUUGACACAGUACUGUUAUUAUUAACAAUCACAUCACAUAUUUUUCUAAUAAUUUAUUACAAAGAUUAAACAUAGAAAUAAAUAUAAAGAUAAGUUUAUUUGUUACACACUAAAAUUACAAAUAAAACUACAUUUAAGUUA